CCAUUAGAUUACAUUUAUUUUCUUCCCUUUUUAAUCCAACGACUAAUUACAAACAACAUUCACACUCCUCCUCCGCUUACUUCUUCAAUUCAAAUCACAAAACCCAGAAUCAAUUCUUCUUCCAUUUUCUAUUUCUCUCUCCUCAAAUUCUUCUCUCAUUUGUGUUUGGUUGUGGGAAUAAGGAAUCCAAUUCUGGGGUUUAUUUUCCUUAUCUUCUUCCUCUGCAUUUUUCUGCAAAUGAUGUGACAUUAUUCAAUUUGAAUCAAAAAAAGGGACGGUCCAAAACUAUAAUUAUAGCAUAUUCUUCAAGAUCAAAACUUUAUUCAAAAGGGGGUUCUAUUAAAUAAAAAAAAUGGCGGUUGAAAUUGAAGGAAAUCGUCAAGUAGAAGAAGAAAUGGUUGCAAACACUAUGCAAAUGGUGGAAAGUGGCGGUGUUGAAAGUCACCCUUAUGCAUUUCAUGUUUCUGGGCCUCGGAAUCUUUCUUCGCCUAAUUGGAGAGAUAUCAUCAAUUCUAGCUGGAAAGAUGGCAAUUAUAAAAGAACAGUCAUGGCGUGCUUCAUACAAGCUGCUUACCUGCUAGAGCUUGACAGGCAAGAAAACAGAACACCCGAUAAUGCUUUGGCUCCAAAGUGGUGGUUGCCUUUCAAAUACAAAUUAACUCAGACCUUAAUCGAUGAGAGAGAUGGAUCCAUAUUCGGAGCAGUACUUGAAUGGGACCGCUCUGCAGCUUUGGCUGACUUCAUUUUCAUGCGGCCAAGUGGGGCCCCAAAGGCCGUUUUAGCUCUAAGAGGAACAAUCCUCAAGAGCGUGACAAUUCGAAGGGAUUUAACUGAUGACCUCCGUUUCCUUGCUUGGGAAAGUUUAAAAGGUUCAGUAAGAUUCAAAGUGGCUUUUGAUGCACUCAAAUCGAUUGCAGACAAGUAUGGAAGUGGUAAUGUCUCUAUUGUCGGUCAUUCAUUAGGUGCUGGGUUUGCCCUUCAGAUCGGGAAGGCAUUAGCCAAAGAAGGAAUAUAUGUGGAGGCUCAUUUAUUCAACCCUCCAUCGGUUUCCCUAGCCAUGAGCCUUAAGAAUCUUGGAGAGAAAGCGGUUUUUGGUUGGAAAAGAAUCAGGGCAAUGCUUCCUUCAGGAGCCGAAAUCCAGAGCAUAUCAACAGACGAUCAGAACAAGGUGGCAAAUGAGGUGUUGAGAAAAUGGGUCCCGCAUUUGUAUGUAAAUAACAGUGAUUAUGUAUGCUGCUAUUAUGCUGAUCCAACUGGGAGUGUUGAAGUCGGAAACAACAGUGGCAGUAAAGAGAAUGUGGCUCCUGUGAACAACAAUGCUGCCAGUGUGGCUGCAAAGCUCUUUGUAUUGUCCAAGGGAAAUCAGAAGUUUCUCGAUGCUCAUAGGUUGGAGCAGUGGUGGGCUGAUGAUCUGGAACUCCAAACCGUUAUAAACAACAGCAAGCUGAUUAGUCGGCAACUCAAAUCUUUGUAUCAACUCCCAGCAUCGCAGCAGGUGGCACCAGGGAAGCAAAGAUAGCAUCCAGGGAACCCAAAUUGAUACGCUGAUCCGAAGUAUUUCAUUUUCAUCUCAUUGUCCUCAUAAUUGUGAUCUAAUGUUUUACAAUUGAGACUUUUAAUCAUUUUUUCCUUAGUAAUCUUCAGAAACUUUGGGCCUGUUGGUCUUGCAGAGUUAAUGUAAAUUCCCCUUCAAAUAAGUAGCAAUAUCUUCUGAUUACUAGUUUAGCACAGCUUCUUAAUAUUGAACUAUCCUUAAA